AUCAGCUGUGUCCAAUCACAGCUGAUCACUGAUCAUCAUCACUGAUGAUCAGUGUGCCCUGAUGAUCAAUGUGGCCCCAGAAGUGCACCUGUCAGUGCUCAUCAGUGCCUUGUGCCAGUGCCCAUCAGUGCCAAGUGCCCAUCAGUGCCGCCCAUCAGUGCCGCCCCUUCAGUGCCGCCCAUCAGUGCCGCCCAUCAGUGCCGCCCAUCAGUGCCGCCCAUCAGUGCCGCCAGUCAGUGCCGCCCAACAGUGCCAGUCAGUGCCGCCUAACAGUGCCAGUCAGUGCCGCCUAACAGUGCCAGUCAGUGCCGCCUAA